CAUUUAGUUUUAUUUUUACAAUAGUAAUCUGAAUUUGGUACCUUGUUUUGAUGUACUGUAUUGUCAGUCUCCAGGAUUUGGGGCACCAUAAAUAAGACUUCUUAAAGGGCCCCUGCUGUCUGUUAGGAAUCGACUAUUAAUCAUUAGAGCUGAGGGGGGGUUAAUGCCUAAAAUGGCCACCAAGCCCACCACCAUCCUCACCCCUUCAGUAUCGCCAUCAGCACCUCCACCUCGGAGGCCCACCCCCUCGCGUCUGCCCUGUGACUGCAAACCUCCUGUGCGCGCAUGGGCGGAGGAUAUUGCCGCUGUUCGCUGCGGCUGCCGUUACUACUCUGGCUCUAAAUUCCUCUUUUUUGUUGUUUUUUGUGUUUUUAAACGAAAAUGGCGUCCAGUCAAGGAGGUGUGGGAGCUGUCACGGCUCUCCAAAACCAUCAUUGCUCACCUCACUGGAGCCCGGGGAACAGCCAGUACCACCACCAGCAGCAGCAGCAGCACCAGUACCAGCAACACCAACAGCAGCAGCAGCAGCACCACACGGCCCGCAGCCUGGAAAGGGCUCUGGAGGAUGCCGUGUGCUCGGGGAUUCUCAACCUGAGCGGGAGGAAGCUGAGGGAGUACCCGGGGGUGAGCUACGACCUCACGGAUACAACACAAGCAGAUCUGUCCAAGAAUCGUCUUUCGGAAGUCCCUCCAGAAGUGUGUCUCUUUGCCCCGCUCGAAUCCCUCAAUCUCUAUCACAAUUGUAUCAAAUGCAUCCCGGAAGCUGUCAUCAACCUGCAGAUGCUGACUUACCUUGACAUCAGCCGGAAUCUCAUUUCCAUUUUGCCCAAGCACCUGUUCAACCUCCCCCUCAAAGUUCUACUGGUGAGCAACAAUAAGCUCGUGUCCAUCCCGGAAGAGAUCGGCAAAGCCAAAGAACUGAUGGAACUAGAUGUGAGCUGCAAUGAGAUCCAGGUGCUGCCUGCUCAGGUGGGGCGUCUCCAAGCCUUACGAGAACUGAACAUUAGGAAAAAUUGCCUGCAGAUGCUACCUGAAGAGCUGGCUGACCUGCCUCUCAUUCGACUUGACUUCUCCUGCAAUAAGAUCACAGAGAUUCCAGCAGCCUACAGGAAACUCAGGCAACUGCAGCACAUCAUUCUAGACAACAAUCCUAUGCAGUCUCCUCCAGCACAGAUUUGUCUCAAGGGAAAAGUACACAUUUUUAAGUACCUGAACAUCCAAGCGUGCAGGUUGGAUAAGAAGCCAGACACCCUGGACCUCCCCUCACUUGGCAAACGUUGCCUUCCACAGCCACUCACAGACAGCAUGGAAGACUUUUAUCCAAGUAAAAACCAUGGGCCCGACUCUGGAAUUGGGAGUGACAAUGGUGACAAGAGGCUGUCUACAACAGAGCCUUCAGACGACGACACCGUCAGCCUCCAUUCUCAGGUGUCUGAGACAGCUCGUGCCGACGCCCUUUCACUCCUUUCCAAAAUGGACUCUUGCAAAGAUCAGGAUCUGUAUGACUUUAUAGAACCCAACCCGGAUGAGGAUCCUGCUCUGUCAGAGUGUGAUGGACAGCAGAGCUGCCAUGUGUCGUGUAUUAAGGAACUGGAAAAAGUUCUUAACUUAUCUCACCAAAGCAAAGACAAAGAGAGCUGGAAAGAGGAGUCAGGCUCCGACAAGGAGCAGCUCCUUGAGGAGGAGGAUGACGAGCUGAAGGAGGUGCUGGAUCUGAGGAAGAUCGCCGUUCAGCUUUUGCAGCAGGAGCAGCAGAACAGACGGCGGUCAUUAAUAUGCAGAGCUGAAAGUCUCAUUCAUCGUCGCAGAGUGACAGGUCGAGCUCACAGAUUCCUAAGUCACUCUGGGAGCUCCGGCAGCAAAGCCAGACCUUCUCCUCAGCCUCGUAGUGCUUCCUUGGAUGAGGGAAGCAGUGGUGCAUCAGUGCUCAGUGGACAGCCUUCGUCGUCCUGCUCCUUCGAUGGCAGCCUGAAGUCAGAUCAGUUAGAUUCAGAGUCCAAAUGGCCAGAGGUCCCGCCUGUUCUCAAUCAAAAUGAAGAUCGUAAGAGGAACAAAUACCUGAGAAAAGAUUAUCUCAAGUACAAAUGCCAGAGUGCUCGGAAAAGCUGCAGCGGGAAUGACGACUGUGAGGAGAGCUUGCGUAACUCUGAUUUUAGCACCACUCUGACUGUGUUUGGACUCAAGCCGAGAUCAGCCUUCACCCGAGGAAGUCAUCAAGAGUUCAGCUCAACGGAGCCCAGCUUCACCAUGAGAAGAAAAAUGGAGCAUUUAAGGGAGGAAAUUGAGCAGAUAGGACUCUUACGACAGAACAUUGAGUCCAGACUGAAGGUGUUGCUUCCCGACGAUGUGGGAGCAGCCCUGAUGGAUGGAGUGGUCCUUUGUCAUUUAGCCAAUCACAUUUGUCCUCGCUCUGUGUCCAGCAUCCACGUACCAUCACCUGCAGUGGUAAGAAGCUUUAUUAUCGCCUUAAUAAUAAUGCUCAUUGCAUUUUGGGGUGAUCCUGUUUCUGUUUCCUCCACCAACCAGCCAAAGCUCAGCAUGGCUAAAUGCCGUAGGAAUGUGGAGAACUUCUUGGAUGCCUGUAAAAAAAUGGGAGUCCCACAGGACAAGCUGUGUCUUCCCCAUCACAUCCUGGAAGAGCGCGGCCUGGUGAAGGUGGGCGAGACCGUGCAGGCUCUGCUGGAUCUUCCCGCCAUGAAGCCCACGCAACUGUCAGCUGCUUAACCCAUCUGAACCCACACCUUCACCCUCGUCAGGGACCAGAGAACCCCUCUCCCCACCCACCUCGGAGGGCGAGGACUCUGUGGCUUGUGGGUCUUUUGGCGUCUGCUUGUGCCUGACUGAAACAGUGCAGGAGAAGGUGAAAGUCUCUGUGUAUGAUGUCAGACGCGUCCUGUCCAUCACAAUUUUAGACUUUUCCCUACUUUGUGGGGCCAUUAUGUGCUGAAUAUGAGAGGAUGUCUCCCACUGGGACUGUUUGGACAAGUCAGUGGGUCCCUCUUUCAAUGCUCAGUGAAUAUUGAGCUCCUACAAGUGCCGGCCCAUAAGCAGCUCUCUGUUGUUUUGCAUCAGGUCCCGACGACUGUACAUCCUUUCUACUCAACACAGCUAACUUAUCUGCCAAUUUGAGCGCUCUACUGUUAUAAAACUUUGCCUUUCAAAUGCAUGACGACCGCAUUUGUUGUUGAAGUCGUGCCAUUGCAAACGUUCUGUAAACUAGUGUACAAAUCCACUGUGAUGACAUGUAGCCCACUGUGGUUUAACAGCAUUUCUGUUUUUUUUUAAUGACAUUUUUACAUUUUCUACACUUUUUAUACUUUGGCUGCGCUUGACACAAAUCAGCUUGUAUUUUUUUCUGUGGAUGCCUACAUUCCUGUAAAGUCUCCAAAAAGCACAAUUUGGUCUUCCCGCAAGGCUGUGGUGCAAGCGCCAUCUCAUACACUGAAGCACGUCAGCGGAGUGAAUUGAAGCAUUUUUUUCUUUGUAGUUGCCUGUUUUCUUUAUUUGGUCGACUGCGGUCAUGACUGUUGCCAUAAUGCAGUUUUGAAUUGAUCAUUAGCUCCUUUUUCUUAUAACAUUUACUGAAGCUCUGUUUCUUUUUAGGGAUGACUUUUACUGCCAUUUUUUUUUACUUUUACUGCCUAUUUUUUAUAUUGUCUGCAAUUGACAGAACUCCCUUCAUAGUUAGAGUAUCUCACAAACGUGAGUACACAUCUAUUAUAUCUUCUCAAGCGACAGUACAUAAGUCAGUGUCCAGCUUUUAUAGACAACUUGUGAAGCUCCGUGCCCAAUAGCAUUUUUCCCCCGAUAAUGCUGACAUUUUAAUGUUCACAUGGCCACGAUGACACCACAGUUUGUCCAAUACAAUACAAUACAAUACAGUGCAAGCCCACCUCCUUUGCGCUUUCCACAGGCUCUUGUGUUCCUGUCCGCUCUGACUGUCCUGAAGUCGGCUAACUCCAUGUUAGCAUCUGGGACGCUAGCUGUUAGCCACUCAGUGAAGCACAGAUAAGCUGAAGGUCUUCAUGUUCUUGCCGGCGCGUUGAUCUUGCUCGUCAGUGAAUUCACCUUUCCUGUGCUAAUAGAAGGUACCGAGGGCUUGAAUUUCAACUUCCUUGCUCGCCGCUUGACUUUCUGCUUAAAAGGCAGCCACUCGUGGCGGCGGUGUUAAUUCCAUGACAGGAGAUAUUGUUAAUUGAGAGUGAGACAAUAUCGAUAGAUAGAUAGAUGGAUGGAUGGAUGGAUGGACGGACAGAUAGAUAGUUUAUUAAUCUCCAAGAGAAAUUCGCAUUUCCAGCAGUCAAUCACUUAAUCAGAAAAUAAAAGAACCAAGACUUGAGAGAUACGAAAAAUCAGAAAAUAGAAUAGGAAGAAAUAAAUACGGAACAAAUUGCGUCAAAUUUGUAGUGUAAUAAUACAUAAUAAAUAAUAAUACAUAGUGAUAAUAAUGCAUAAUAAAGUAAGAAGUCCACUCUGAUAUCAGAAUCAGAAACUGAGAGUUGGACAAUAUCGGCUUAUCGGGGGGGGAAAAGCCAAUAUCGGACAUCCCUAAUUUGUAUCAUGAAAAAAUUAAUGUAGAAAAUCAUACAUUUCAUCCUCUGGUCAGUGCCCUCAUUUAAACCACUCAAGCCUUUAUGACCCUGCCUUUUAAAAGCAUCGGAAUCGAAAAUCGUUAGGAACCAAAUUCAGGAAUCGGAACCGGAUUUGUUCAAAUACGAGCGAUGUCCAACCCUAGUAUCGUCCACUGAGAAGACAUAAUAGAACGCUGGAAUGUGAGGGGUGCGUUUGUUUUUCUGAGAUAAUGAAUAUAAGGAUACAGUUGUGUCAUUCAUUUGAAAUACACGGCUUACGCAGUAGCUUGUGACUGAACACACUCUUGUGAUGUUCUGACUCAACCUGAGUGAUUUUAUGCUAUGUUUUGUAAUAUGCCAACAGAUGUCACUUCAUUUUAUUUUUAAAGGCUCUGACUUCCUCACUUGCUUCCUUUCGUGGUUAAGAUACCUUUGGUGCUGCGGCUGAAAGAAGAUUUAUCCAAUUUAUUUGUGAUUAGGAUUGGAAAAUGGGCUGCACGGCGGCCGAGUGGUUAGCAUGUUGGCCUCACAGUCAGGAAAUGCGGGUGUCUUCCUCCCACGUCCCAAAAUCAUGCAUGUUAAGUUACAUGGAAACUCUAAAUUGUCCGUAGGAUUGUUUGGAAAUAUGUGACCUUGUGACCAUGUGACCAGUGCAGGGUGUGGAUUGCAAAAGCUGGGGCAUUUCAAAGUUGGAAACUCUUCAUGGGAAUUUAUGUGAAUAAAGUUAAGUUGCACAAUUGCAGGUUACACAGGUUAGGGAAUAUUCUUCCAGACCGCAAGCACUCAAGUAAAGUACUACUCCCAAAAAAACACUUCAUUAAGAAAAUGCUGAUCAUUUAUUUCCAUGGAAAUGAUAAUUAUCUCUUUGCAAACUGAUUUGUUAUCGUGUGCCAUUUGAAGUGUGAUUUUGUCUUUUUCUCACUAGAAACUAAUUUUUUUAAAUUAAUGUUAUUAUAUUUUUUGCAAUGAACCUUUCGUUUUUGUAAGUAUGCGUUUUAUUUAUUUUUACAAAAUGUUUAAACAUAAAUAUUGGAUUUAGAUGUCCUACUUUGUUCCUUAUGACGUCUGCUGCCUGUAAUUAUUUCACUAAUUCAUGGGAAUAAAUGAACAUGAUGUAAUUUAGUGUAACUUGUAAUUUUAAUUGAUGUGUUUUUACUGAGUUCAUCAGUGUUUAAAUAUGUGCUUAUUCAACAAUCAAAGGAUGCAUUCAUUGUUGCAUUGUUAGCAUUGUUAGCAAUGUUAGUGAAGAGGAAAACAGAAAUGAAACCAAUGUGCAGACUACCUCAGGUGUCACAUGCUUUGACCUCGACUCUGCCCGCACAUCCCAGUGUUGCCGAUACAGUUGACACCGUGUGUGAUACCAAACACUGCUCGGCUGAGAUGGGAACUGACUGGUUUCUUCAUUUUUUAACACCGUCUGCCCAUCAAACUGUGUUCAGUACAUUGCGUGUUCUGACUCAUGCUGACGCAUCAAGCAUCAUAUGACACGUCACACUUCUCGAGUCACUCUUAGUGACGCUUGAAUUGGGCCGCCUGUGCGCAUGUGAGCAUCCUCGGCUGUGAAUAUUCCAUUUUCACUGUGCUGGAAUUUCCAUGAGAAGUGUUUGUGUUUGUGCCAAGACCUCUCGCCUCCUUCCACACUAAUCUUCGCUCAAUUUGAGACUAAAUUACGGAAACUAGACCACAAGUCUUCACAUUUCGCCCUUAUUUUCUAAUGGAUAUUUGGAAGUCGAUAAAGUCAGGCCCCGCACAUGUCUGCUUAUUGGCCUGCAGCGUGUUCUACAAAUAAAGUUAAACACAUCUGACAGAAAGGCUCAGACUCAAAUGAAAAAAAUAAAAGGUUGCGAGACAAAAGUUGAAAUGUUGAAUGCAUCCACCUAAUAGCGAUACUGUACUAAUAUUUGCGGAGAUGUGUGCUGUUUUAAAUAUACUGCUCAAAGGGAACACUAAAAUAUCACAUCCAAGAUCUAAAUUAGUGAAAUAUUCUUAUUGAAUAUUUUGGUCUUUACAUAGUUUAAUGUGCUGACAACAAAUUCACACAAAAAUUAGCAACUGAAAUCACAUUUAUUCACCCGUGCAGGUCUGGAUUUGGAGUCGCACUCAAAAUUAAAGUGGAAAAAGACACCACCUGUUGUCUAUUCCAUUGUGUUGCUUCCAAAGUGGACAGUUUGAAUAACGCAGCAGUUUUGACUGAGUGUGAAUUGAGUGUUCCCUUUAUUUUGGGGGGGGAGUGUAUAUUUAAAACACACACACACACACACACACACACGCUUCAAUGGAAAGUUGGACACCCCUGAAUAAGGCAUAAAUGGUCAAAUGUGACUUUCUUGUGUUGUUUUACUUAUACCUGACUUAUAUAGCGAUACACAUCCAGUUAUAUGACCCCAAACAUGCCCAACAAUGUGUCUCAAGUGUAAAGUGCAUAAAUAUUACAAAAUGAAAGUAAUAAUAUUGAAAAGAAUACCAUGAGAAAUGCUCAUUUUAUUUGACUUUGUUUAUUUUACAGAUGUUUAUUGAGGAUUUUAAUUGACAUAUUAUUCUGUGCUGUUCUGAUGUUAUUUGAUGUUAUUCUGCACUGCUGUAAUUGAAUGCUACUAAAUGCUUACAAAGCAGGGAAGCUCACAAAGACGAAAACACGCUGUUAAAUUGUGGAACUUCUUCAGCAGGCGAAGGUUUGAUUGGUUGAUUGGAUUUUCUGCGUUAGCGUCUACAUCUCGAUCAUCAUUCAGUUGCCUCAUCGUGGCUUGCUUUGCUUGAACGUACUUGCACAUGUGAACGGUGCCCAGUGUGGCAGUGAUGGCGUACAAUGAGCGUGUCCACUGGAUCACGUGCACGAAUUCGUGUGCCACGUGAGACUCGUACGCUCAUCACGCCUUGAUGAGAGACAAACAGUAACAGACAGAUACUGCCAGGAAGCUAAAAUUGUGUAUACAGUAUAUACUUUUUUUAAAAAUGUCAGUCAAAUGCACGUGAGAAUAAUGAAUGCUCUGUACAUAUGAUCUGUAUAAAUCCCGGCUGUUUCUUACGAAAAAACAUACAAAAUAAAUUCUUUGCUCAGUCUGUGUUUUGUUUUGUUUUGUUUUUUGUUUGUUUUUUUUAUCACUUUUCUGUUGCGUUUUUAUUUCUUUAAUCUCGAUUUCUGUGUGAUUUAUUUUCUGUGUUUUUGUCAUCCAACUGUUAUUUUUCAAUGCCCAUGGUUUGAUGCAAUGUUAGUGUAAUUUGUAAGGCAUUAAUAAAGUUGAUUGAAAAAAAAGACGCUUUACGUUACAUGGAGUUUCUUACGUAAUACGAUGCAAAGACUUUACAUAAAUUC